GAACAGUGGACCCGGGCUACCGAAGUCUAAGCUUCUACCGUCACCGUGUCCCACACUCCGUCAAAAGGGUUCUCAUAGGAAUGAAGGGCCUGGGUACCAUGCUGGUCUCGUGAUCUCUUGGCGACCUAUAUGGUCAAUUUAAAGAACACGAUUGAGAAUCACGCGCGCCCACCCUCUGUUUCGCGCUCGCAGCUGGCGCGACAACCCAAGCGUUCCUUGGUCUAGACACUCCCAACUAUGGAACUUCAAGGCAGCUCAUGAAGUCGUUUACACAGUCUUUCACAGCGCCUUACGACGAAGGGUUGUUCAUGCCUGUUGAGCAACUCAGUGCACUCUCAGAGGCACAAUUUACUACCCUCGGCCAUCCUUUAUUCCCGAACCAUAGUGUUCGGAUUAAAAAGUCUUCUGAUUUCUGUGAUGGAACUGUGAAUGCUUACACGGGGUACAUCGAUAUCCAGGCCAGGCAUCUAUUCUUUUACUUUUUCGAGAGUAGGAAUGAUCCUGCCAAAGACGAUGUGAUCUUCUGGACCAAUGGUGGUCCUGGGUGUUCCUCCAGCCUUGGCGUCUACGUGGAACUAGGACCUUGUCGAGUGGUAAACGACACUAGCACGGUGUUCCAUCCCGAGUCCUGGAACUCUAAUGCGAAUAUCUUCUUUGUGGAUCAGCCAAUUGGUGUUGGUUUCUCGUACGCAGACUAUGGAGAGACCGUGAGUACUACUGAGGAAGCUUCGAAAGAUAUCGCUGCAUUUGUCGCGAUUUUCUUCGAAAACUUCACUCAGUUCAAAGGACGUGCAUUUCACAUGGCUGGAGAGUCUUAUGGAGGACGUUACGUUCCGGUCUUCGCUGCUGCAGUCUACGACCAGAAUGCCUUGUUAACUGCGGCUGGUGUUACGCCAAUCAACCUUCAGUCUAUCAUGAUCGGCAACGGUUUGACCGACUUUUACACGAUGACUGCGGCCUAUGUAGAAAUGCAAUGCACUGGCGCAUCGGUCUCCCCUGUGCAGAGCAUCUCUGCCUGUAAUCGUAUGAAGAAAGCGCUCCCUCGAUGCCAAAAGUGGUUGACAGAUUCAUGCAUCAACCAAUUCGAUUUAAUGAACUGCGAAGCGGCUUCAAACUUCUGUGACACUGAGAUAUCAGAACCUUUUUUCUCGACCGGCAUGAAUCCCUACGAUCUCAGCAAGGCCUGCGAUGGACCUAUCGCGGAGACGUUAUGUUAUCCCAUUACGCUGUCUAUGGCAAACUUCCUUGAUCAACCAUCCGUGCGUCAGAAACUCGGCGUGGAUCCCGCUGUGACAGGAAACUAUAGCUCCUGCAGUGAUCCCGUUGGGCAGGCUUUCGCGUUGGCUAUGGAUGAGUAUCACCCAACCUACCCUCACGUUGCCGCACUUCUUGAGCGCGGCGUACGCGCAUUGAUAUAUGUGGGAUCAUAUGACUGGAUCUGCAACUGGCUUGGUAACCAGGCGUGGACGCUCAACAUGGAGUGGAGCGGCAAAGAAGCGUUUGGGCAGCAACCCCUCGAGUCUUGGCUAAUUGAUGGAAAAGUCGCUGGAAAGACUAGGAGUGCAAACGGGCUCACGUUUGCUACUGUGGAUGGUGCAGGCCAUAUGGUCCCACUCGACAAACCCAAAGAAGCACUCACCAUGGUACAACGUUGGUUGGCUGGGAGUGGCUUAUAGGUAUUCACACAGACACCUAUGUAUAUCCGUGGUUCCCGUUUAAAACCUAAUUUUCUGUUAAGCUAUCAUGCCCGAUGCUACAAACACAAUUCUGACCGUGCAUCCAACAAAGACGUAUACGAAUCACAGUAAGGAAUUGGAGCAAGUGCAUAAGAGUGUCCGACGACGAUAAACAGCGAUCUGGCUUUCACUGAUGCGGGUGGCUUGUGCACUUACG